AUGUCUCGUAUGCGUGUCUGUCACUUUCAGUAUGCUGUGUGGCUUGUGGUCUGGGUUGGCUGGAACUCUUUCAUCAUCUGUUUUUACCUGGAAGUUGGUCACCUGUCACAGGACAGGGAUUUCCUAAUGACAUUUAACACAUCGCUUCAUCGUUCCUGGUGGAUGGAGAAUGGGCCUGGUUGCUUAGUUACUCCAGUGCCUGACUCGCCAUUGGCUCCUCAGGAUCAUCAUGUGAUCACUGUCAGUGGCUGCCUGCUGGACUACCAAUACAUAGAGGUGGUCAGCUCAGCCUUGCAAGUGUUUCUUGCACUCUUUGGAUUUGUUUAUGCUUGCUAUGUUAGUAAAGUCUUCCUGGAUGAUGAGGACAGCUUUGAUUUCAUUGGUGGAUUGGACUCGUAUAGUUACCAGCCUCCACAAAAGAGUUCUCACUUACAGCUGCAGCCUCUCUAUACGGCUGGAUAGAAACCAGAGGAAAAACCCACCCUCAGAGGAAAACAGCUGCUUAUCUCUGAGAGAUGAAGUCCUCUGCAUUGUGGGAAAUGUUCUACCAGCUUCAACGUCUGUGUCUCUUGAACUUUGUCUCCCUCUAUUGGAGAAAAUCUAUAGUGCCGCACCAGCCAGAGUUCUAGAGAGAGAGCAAGCGUAUGGACAGGACCACAACAAGAUGAUUAAAGCCUCAUUGAGACAAGCAUUAUUAAAUAGGACUUGAAGACAGAAACAAAUCGUCUGUGUGUGUGUGAGAGCACAUAGGCCUUUGUAUGCGUUUGUGUAUUCACAAGGUGGCCAACCUUUGACCCAGGUAAUCUUUGAACACAUCCGGAGCUGCCCGUUCAGCUCUUUCUGGUGUGUGUGUGUGUGUGUGUGUAGGAGAAAGAUGGUUUAUACUCUGAUAUAAGACACUAUAAUGUAAUGUGUUAGAUGAAUGUUUUAGGUUGGGUAGAUGUGUAUUUGGGGAAUGCUGUAGGAUUUUGUGCAUGUAAAAACUCACGAUAGAGGAGUUGUGCCUCUGGGUGGCCCACAUGUGUCUGCGUGCAUGAUUGUGUCGAUGUACACGGACUACAAGUUUUGAUAUGUACUUAUGCACCUAACGCAUAAUGUGACUAGCCAUAAAUGUUUAUUUGAACACAAGCUUAGAAUGAAUGUAUGUUAAUGUACAAUACUUGUUUCAGGAAGGCUGUGUUUGUAUGAGUGAGUGAGAGAGAGUGUGGGUGCGAGAGGGACACACCUGAAGGGUGGGACAGUUGUUCAGCAUAAUAAACUCUUUCUAGAUUA